UUAUUAUAGAAGACAACGAGUUGUGCGAUUAUUUGGAAUAAAAUUUAAGAAACAUGACGCAAAGAGCUUUCAUAUUCUUAUUCGCAAUAGUAAUUAUUGUAAUAGUAUCGAUUAUCAUGUUCAUUGUAUUUAGUACUGAUUCAGGUGGUGAGUUGGAACAGAUAAAAUCAGUUAUGAUCGAUAAAUACGUAGAACCAAAUUAUGCAGUAACUGCGACAAAUUAUCAGAGAGAUCCGGAGGCGACAUUUAAAAAAGAACUUGAAGAGAAGAUAGAGAACGUCGUUCCGUUUGGAAUUGCGCUGUUAUCAAUGUACCAAUUGGACAAUACAAAGACUCAGUACUUAGAAGUCGUUGACGACUUAAUAAAAAGAAUAGACAAAAAACUAGGAGGGCCAGUCCCCGAUAGGAGAAUGACUCCUUGGGGUAGUAAUUGGUACCACUGUUCCAUUUCGUUGACUCGUAUGCUCGCGAUGUACGAGUACAUCGGAAAAGAUAAAGGUGUGAUGGAUAUUUGUCACAGAAGAAUUAUUCAGAUAACGCCGAGAUUAGAUAGAUCGUUAGGUAUGGAAUUCAAAGGUAAAGUUAACAUUAUUCAUGUAGCGAUCCCACGUUUAUUAACACUAAAAAAGAACAAUCCUGAAGAAUAUGAAAAAGAGACAAGAUUAGAACCAUUUGAUAAUCUUAAAGAAAUGACAAAUUUAAAACCCAAUACAGGUAAUGCUGUAAAAGAUGGUAUUUAUCAAGACUAUUCGUGUAUUAACAAUAAGAAUAUCCCGACUUUCUCAGCGAUAACCGGACUCGGAGGUUUUAGUCUCGAGGUAUACAGCUUUUUCGGUCUUGAAGAAAAUAUUAGUACUUUCGUGACGGAAAUAUUGAACAGGAUUCUCCAUCCUAAAUUGGAUUUUAUACCCUACGGUCUGUUUGGCCGGGAUCCGAAAAUAACUUGUAAAGAAACUUUAAAAAGAUAUUGGCCGAAUUACGAAAGAAAUCCAAAUUACGAUGUAAAUAUUUUUCCUUUCAUUGGUCUUGGAGUAUUCAAAUCGGAAAAAUUCGUAUUUUCGGUGCGCGUCCAACGUGAUGGAAUCGCUGCCUAUGAAUUUGAUAAUUGGUAUCAGCAAUUCGCUCUUGGAUGGCUUCAAAUGCGUAAAUUAUAUCACACGGAAAUUGAUUAUAGGAAUUAUAAAAGUAAAAUGGAGUGGGAUAAACUAAAAGUUCAACCGGGUGUAAUUUCAUUUGCUGAAGAAAAAAAUAAUAGUUUUGAAGCUUUCAAAAAUCAACGCAGCACUGCUUACACUCUUCCAGAAUUCUGUUCUGAAAUAAAAUCUUACAUUGGACAUUUGAAAAAUUAUAAAGAUAAAAAACUACUGUAUUGGUUCAAUAAAUAUAAAUUUAAAGCUUUCUAUGGAGACCAAGUUGUAAUUUCGGAAAGGGGUGUCUGUACAGACAAUGGUUUAGUAAUGCGAUACGAAAUUAAAAAUCAGUCUGGUAAGGCAUUGAAAUUGAUAUUAAAGGACGCAGAUAUUGGUAACAAAAUUACAUUUAAACCCUCUGUUGAUGAUUCCGGUACAGGAGUUCUUAUCCCUAACAGCGGAGAGCCGAAAAUAGUUCAAUGGUAUCAGGUAUUUGAUGACACCAUUGAGCCUAAAACAGUUGAUGGGGAUAGUGCGAAUAAUUCUAUGUCAUUUACUAUUAAUGGCGACAUGUAUGUAAUUGAACAGCAUGGUGACUAUCAUAUUGUCAAAUGCAAUGGUGAUAUAAUACUCGCGGGUAAUUCAAGCAGUUUGCGUGACGCUAGUAUAACUCAUCAUGAUACAUCGAGUGGUAAAGAUACAGUAUUCAAAAGAGAUUCUGAGACACUUAUGUAUGUACCUCAGCAAAAUUGAUAGUAAUUAUAUAGAAGUGGAACUCCACUGGAUUUUGGCCAUACAAAAUUGAAAAUUAGAGUUUUUCACAAUUUUU